AGGUGCAGAGAUUGUCGAAUUCGUGGCAAACACAAGUUUCGGUGCAAGUACCAGGACGCAGGUCGAAUCUCUCAGUUUUUGAGACAGCGAACUAGCGUUUAACCAACGAUCAACUUAACUCUAAUUCACUAUGGAGAACGUCAUGCAGGAAAUGAUGAACCCUUUGUCGAACGCCAAUGCUUCAAAUCUCAUCCGGACGGCUAGAGCAAUCCAGCAGAAUGUUUAUUUCGGAUAUCCUGCUGGUGUAGCUCUAACUGACUUGGUCACAGAUGACAUGAAGGCUUUGGUUCACCCGCACUGGAGUAAAUUUCCGCCUGUCAAUCCCAUGUGGCACUACCUUUUGGGAACAAUCUACGUCUUCUUGGGCUUGAUUUCCUUAUUCGGUAAUGGAGUAGUGAUCAGCUUGUUCACCAAGACGAAAGAACUUCGCAGCACGGCCAAUAUGUUCGUCGUUAAUCUUGCAUUUUCCGACUUCUGCAUGAUGGUUACGCAGUUUCCUAUGUUUGUCCACAACUCGUUCAAUGGCGGCAUCUGGCUUUUUGGUCCAGCCGCUUGUGAACUCUACGCUUGCACUGGAAGUAUCUUCGGAGCUACUAGCAUUUGCACUAUGGCUGUUAUCGCUUACGAUCGAUACAACGUCAUCGUCAAAGGGAUGUCUGGAACUAGAAUGACAUCAAAGAAGGCCGCGAUCCUGAUUGCUUGCUGCUGGAUUUACGCCACCGUAUGGUCUAUCAUGCCUUACUUUGGUUUCGGUCGUUACAUCCCAGAAGGCAUUUUGGAUUCUUGCUCUUUCGAUUAUCUUACUCGAGAUCAGCAGACCAAAAUCUUCGGCCUUUGUCUCUUCUUCUUCCUCUACUGCAUCCCUUUGGCCUUUAUCACCUUCUGCUACUACUUCAUCGUCAAGACCAUCUUCGAGCACGAGAACACUCUACGUGAGCAGGCCAAGAGGAUGAACGUUUCGUCCCUACGCGCUAACGCUGAUGCCAACGCUACCUCCGCUGAAAUCAGAAUUGCUAAGGUCGCCCUAUGCAAUAUUGCUCUGUGGGCAGGCAUGUGGACUCCUUACGCCGCCAUCGUCCUCCAGGGUCUUCUUGGAGAUCAAUCAACCAUUACACCAUUGGUAACGAUCUUGCCAGCAUUGAUUGCUAAAUCCGCAUCCAUCUGCAAUCCGGUUGUCUACGCAAUUUCUCAUCCAAAAUUCCGACUGGCUUUGCAAGAGAAAUACCCGUGGUUCUGCAUCCAUGAGCCCAUCAAGGCUGAUAACGACUCUGUUUGCUCAACCAAAACUGGUGUUUCCAGCACGACCAGCGAUUCAACAUAGAAGAUUGAACAAUUUCAAAUGGAACUCACUCUGCCGACCAUUUAAAACAUAGAAAUCUCGAAUUACGAUUACGACAAGAAUGUAUACAUUAGUUUCUUCUUCUUUGACUAUAAUUCGAUUGUUUUUGGUUCUUGAGUUUGUUUAUCAAUCAUAGCAAAUGGAAAAAAAAUAAAUGUGUAGCGUGGGCAAU